AUGAAUAAGGUGUUCCAUGACUAUCUUGACAAGUUUAUGGUCAUCUAUUUAGAUUAUAUAGUGUUAGGGUUAUCAAAGAGUGGGCAACACCGAAGAAUGUCAGUGAACUUCACUCAUUUUUGGGAUUGGCCAACUAUUAUAGGAGAUUUGUGGAAGGGUACUCAUAGAAUCAUAGCCUUUACGGAGCUAUUGAAAAAGGAGCAUAAAUGGUGUUGGACAAGUGAAUGUCAAAAGGCUUUUGAGGGCUUGAAAGAAGCCAUGAUGAAGGACCCAGCCUUGGCUCUCUAUGACAUUGAUAAGUCUUUUGAAGUUCAAAUGGAUACAACUAAUUUCACUAUUAAAUGA